CGAUUUCGGAUAAUAUAAACAGGAAAAGUAUAUCUUCGAUGAAUAUCGAUGAAGAUAUGACAAUCUGUCUUGGUGAUAAUGCACAUUUAUAAAAGGCAGUCUGUCUGAAUUGAAUUCGCAUUUAAACGAAUAAGGUGUUAAUAUAACGAUAUUCUCUUCUUCAAAUUUUCAAAUUGGAAAUAGGCGAUGAAGGGAAUAUACAUUUUUGCUAUUGCCUUCUUGGCAUUUUCGACCGAAAUUACUGCGACUGAAAAUCAAAUUCAACAAUCCUCUUUGAAAGAAAGAUCUUACUGUCUUUCGACUAUUCCGACAGUAUGUCCAUUCCCAGAGAAAUAUGCGAGCAAUCUUCCGCACGAAACUAACUGUACGAAAUUCUACAAGUGCUUCUUGGGUAAAGGAGUUUUGCAGGAUUGUCCCUUGAUGACCAAGGGAGAUCCCUAUACAAGGCUACAUUACAAUAGACAGGAAAUGGUUUGCGAUUGGCCAUGGCGAGCCGGUUGUAUUAAUUGUCCUGACAAGGAUGAAAAUGGCUGCUGGCCGGAAGCCAAAAUAUCUCACGAAACAGAUGAUUGUAAUUUGUACUACGAAUGCAUAAAUGGUGAAAAACAUUUGAGAAGGUGUACUCCUGGUACGUGCUUUAGUCGCACGUGCCAGGCUUGCGUUCGAAACCGUGCAGGUGGAAAUUGCGAAGAUAACACAUGCGAUGGCGAUAAACGUAAACAUGAAUGUAACUGCAAUAUGUAUUAUGAGUGUUACAAUAACGAGUGGUAUCCAAAGUAUUGCGGCGGGGGUCUUCAUUUUGAUCCCCGAACUAAGAGUUGCGUUGCUCCAAAUGAGGCUAACUGUGUUAUAUAAUACGAUUAUAGUAAAAAGAAGAUAUUGAUUUGCCACAUCAUUUCUUCUUUGGAAUUGAGCAUACUAUAAUUUUGUUUGCAAAAUCAACAAAAAUUAGAGCGAUGUUCGAAUUCGAUGGUCGAAAGGUCAAAUAUUAAUUACCUAUAUUUAAAAUAUAUUCAGAAAAUUAAAAAA